UCUUUUGAUCGAUUUUGCCUGCCCUACCUUUCAAUUAUUUCUAACCGCGAGAUCUUUAAAUCGAAUUUUCUACCUUUUAAUUUAUCUACCUGCACAAUAUUUUUACUAAAAUAUUUCUUUCUUUUCCCUUGUCAUUUUUGAAAAAUUUUAGGCAAAACUCGGUUUUAUUCUCAAAAUGAUGUCUCAAGCAGAUUCUGGUCGGAUAAUACAUCUUGAAAAGAGGAGAGAACGUGCAAAAGAAGAUAUUGAAAAGCAAAGAUUAAAAUUGGAAGAGGAAAAGAAAUCUUUUGCUGCUGGUAUUUCUAGUAAAUUCACAACAAAUGUUGAUCAGAUUGAAGAAAAGUUUAAAGCUAGUACAGUUGGUUUAGUAACUUUGGAUGAAGUUAAAGAGAGACAAAAUGAGAUUUAUUCUCUAAAUAAAGAAUUGUCAAAAGUAACUGACGAUAAUGAACAAAAACCGAGAUUUGAUAGAGUAGUUCAGAAGAGAGUUUUAUCCUUCAAAAAUUUCGAUGAUGAGGAAGAAGAUGAAAAACCAGUUGUUAUAGUAAAGAAACGGUUAGGAAUGGACCCGACUGUUGAUACUUCAUUUUUGCCUGACAGAGAACGUGAUGAACAAAUUCAAAGAAUUGGAGCCGAAUGGCUAGAAAUGCAAGAAAAGGAGAAAAACGAAGAAAUUAUGGUUGCAUUUUGUUAUUGGGAUGGGUCUUCACAUCGUAGGGAUUUUAAAACAAAGAAGGGAACGACAAUUGCACAAUUUUUACAAAAAGCUUUGGAUUUAUUUCGGAAAGAAUUUUUGGAAUUGAAAUUGGCAACUGUAGAGAAUUUGAUGUUCAUUAAAGAAGAUUUAAUUAUUCCUCAUUUCUAUACAUUUCAAGAUUUUAUUAAAACUCGGCAAAUGGGAAAAACUGGUCCUUUGUGGCAAUUUGAAUCUGUUGGUGAAAUACGAGUUAGACAAGAUGCUGCUCUUGAUGUUGGAGAAAGCCAUCCAGUUAAGGUUGUUCUACGUUCGUGGUACGAAAAAAAUAAACAUAUUUACCCGGCAUCUCGUUGGGAGCCUUUUGUGCCAGGAAAAGCGAAUUUUGAAGACACUCGUUGUCGAUGUACAUGUCCAAGUACUGAAUAUUUUGCUCCAAAAGGCACAAAUCACUCACAACAUUAUAGACGUUAUUAUACAAAAACUAAUUUGGAGUCGUCAAAUUGCAAUGCACAAACUGUCGUUAAAAAAGAUGUUCAAUCAAUUGUGGAGGGGACAAGACUUGACGCUUUCUUGGCAAAUUGUAAUUGUCGAUUUGAAUCGAGAAAUUCACUUUUAUUGAAGGUUGUUGUUAUGUUCGUCAUUGCCGUUAUUUUUAUUCUUGGCUCUUACAUGCUCUAUUUGGGUGUUGUUGAGCCAAUGGUUUUUAGACAAAGGCAACCAAAUUCAACAGCUUUUAUACCUUACAGUCGCCAUACAGAUGUUGAUAGAGAGGACGUUGGUGAUUUGAACACAUUUUGGUUCCUUCAAGAUUCGGAUGAAGCCUCGGUGGUUGCAUCCGAUGUCAUGGAUGAUCAAUCCAUUAUUGAUGACCAUAUAUUUUCGAGUACAACAGAAGGAAUACCAUCAUCAAAUGAAUUCUCAGCUAUUUCUUUAGAAGAUCGACAACAAACGCGUUCUCGCCAUUCAACUAAUGCUACAACUGCUAAUAGUACAGUUAAAGCUUCAUUGCAUGACAAAGUUAUUGAAAAGGUAACAGCUGAGCAAAAUAAGUGGAAAGUGGAUGUAGAGGAACAACGUCGUAAUGUAUUAGGUGAACAUAGUGUGUUAAAUUAA